CCCGAGAGAGCGAAGGAGGCAGAAACGAAAAGGGGACGAGGCAGAAACGAAAGGGAACCCUCAGACCGAGGCUCGAAAGCGACGUAGGAUGAGGUUCGGUCAGAUUCGAGCCGUCGUGCAGCCCGGACUCCGCCGAUUCUCCUCUUCCCCCCCGCGCAUCCUCAUCACAGGGGGCCUGGGCCAACUGGGUCGGGGCCUGGCGCAUCUCCUCCGCUCCCGAUACGGCAAGGACAAUGUGAUCCUCUCCGACAUCAUAAGACCCUCGGAUGACAUCGUCCGUGCAGGGCCCUACGUGUUCGCGGACGUGCUGGACUUCAAAAACCUCCAAGAGCUGGUGGUGAACAACCGCGUGACGUGGCUCGUCCACUUCAGUGCGCUGCUCAGCGCCGUCGGGGAGCAGAACGUGCCGCUCGCUGUCCGCGUCAAUAUCGAAGGCCUGCACAACGUGAUGGAGCUGUCGAAGCAGUACGGCCUGCGCCUGUUCGUGCCCUCGACGAUCGGGGCCUUCGGUCCCGAAUCCCCCCGGAAUCCCACGCCGGACGUGACCGUGCAGCGGCCGAAGACGAUCUACGGGGUGUCCAAGGUCCACGCGGAGCUUCUGGGCGAGUACUACCAUCACCGGUUCGGGCUGGACUUUCGGUGCCUUCGGUUCCCCGGGGUCAUCUCCUACGACACCCCACCCGGCGGCGGCACCACCGACUACGCGGUGCAGAUCUUCCACGACGCCCUCCGGGACGGGGAGUUCCGCUGCUACCUCCGAGAGGACACGCGGCUCCCGAUGAUCUACAUCGAGGACUGCCUCCGGGCCCUGGCGGAGUUCAUGUCCUGUCCCGAGGGGAUGCUGCGCCGCCGGACGUAUAACAUCACGGCGAUGAGUUUCACGCCAGAGGAGAUCGUGAGGAGCGUGAGGAGACACAUCCCAGACCUCACGGUCAAAUACGCCCCCGAUCAUCGCCAGCAGAUCGCGGACAGCUGGCCGGAGGUUUUCGAUGAUUCCAACGCGAGACGAGACUGGGGAUGGCAGCACGAAUACGACCUGGACCGGAUGUGCGACAUCAUCAUCCACGCUCUGAGGGUAACCCCGGAGGGGAAGAAGACCGCCUCUGCCUCCUCUUUCUGAUCUUCGUUCAUUCAUUCGCCCACUUAGAAGUAUCAGUUGGGUGAUGCUUUGCACACAAUCAGGUAUAUGAGACACGAAUAAAUAAAUAAAUGAAUAAAUAAGUGGGUCCAUAGAUGACUGGACGGGUGGCGUUAGGAGGACGCAUUGUUGUUGAUGUUGCUCCUGUGGUUGAGAUCGCACGAUGGAGGAUAGAGGAGAUGACACGAGGAAGGAUCAGAGAGUGCUUUACCGUCUUCCCAGGCCCGAAGAUAUCGAGACGUCUUCUCUCGCUCUUCCUCAGGAAUCUCUGCAUCCCUUUCCAUCUCCCUGUUAUCGUUCGAUACGAAGUUUACGACAACGAGUAUUUAAAAAAAAGACAAAAUGAUGUGUGGGACAGACGGACCGAAGGUGGAGGAGUGACUCCGCGGCUCGAGGGUCGAGUCCAGGGUCGUUCCCGACCAGACACACGCGUCCCAGGGAUGGACAACCCGGAUCGAGGAGGAAGAUGCGAUCUAAGGACUCCAAAAUCUCCAGUGUCUCCUCGUCCACCGCCCGCUUCUUCCUCCGAUAGUACGAGUCGUACUGGCCCCCUGCAGCUGUAUACAUUCAGGACCCCAUCUCUCAACGUGGAUUAUUUUUUCCAUCCCUUUCAGGUACCAAACUGCUGUAGCUGAAAAGAAGUUGUUAAUUAUGACAAAUCAUGACGUAACGAGC